GCAGACAAUAAUGCCGGCCAGUACGUACCAUCUGAAUAACUAGCUCGAGCUAGCUGAUGAUGAAGUAUCCUAUGCUUCUUCUCUCCAUACGCCUUCUGCUCUGCCUUCCGGCCGCCGUCUGGAUGCUAGCCGCGGCCGACGUCCCGCCGGCGAUGCACCGGCCAGGCUGCAGGACGAGGUGCGGCGACGUCGACAUCCCGUACCCGUUCGGCAUCGGUGACCAGUGCGCGAUGAACCGUGGCUUCAACAUCAGCUGCAAGGUCGUCAACGGCAUCGCCAGGCCUUUCACGGGGUCGUUCGAGGUGACGAAGAUCUCCGUGGCCCACGCCAAAGCUUGGAUGAAGGCGAACAUCUCCUGGCAGUGUCAUGACCCUAAGGCGCGUCAGAAGAAAGGGUCGCAGCAUCAGGAAAGGUUCAGCUACAGGCCUUUCCGGUUCUCAUAUGUGGAUAACAAGAUUGUCGUCAUUGGGUGCACAGACGCCUCUAUCUGGGGUCUUUCUGGAGAUGGAAGAGUAUCAACAAGUUGCAGGUCCGCAUGCCUUGGUGCUGAAGAACCCAAGAACGGUUUGUGCUCCGGUGCUGGCUGCUGCGAGGCGGAUGUCCCAAAAGACCUGGAGGCUUAUGGUGCUUUCUUCAGUACUGAUAUCGUCAACUCCAGCACAACACGGAACCACAGUCCCUGCAGCUAUAUGGUAGUGAUCGAAAAGACAGCGUUCAACUACAGCACCACAUAUAUCUCCUCGACAACGUUCUCGGAUGCAUACGGAGGUCGAGUCCCAGUUGUGACGGACUGGGCGAUUAGGCCGUAUACGUGCGAGGUUGUUGCUAGUAGAAAGAACUUGAGUUCCUAUGCAUGUAUCAGCGACAACAGCAAGUGUGCCGAUUCCACCAAUGGCCAAGGUUACCACUGCAAGUGCUUGGAUGGGUAUGAAGGCAAUCCCUAUGUCAAGGACGGAUGCAAAGAUAUCGACGAAUGCCUCGACAAUACUAAAUAUCCAUGCACGGGGGUUUGUCAAAAUACACCGGGGAACUUCACCUGUUCAUGUCCCCCAGGAAAACAAAUGAUCAGUGGCGUUUGCAAGGCAAAUCAGAAGUCCUCUUCUUGGGUGAUGCCUGUCGUAGGCGCAAGUGCUGGUGCAAUCGUCUUUGUUAUUACCAUAGCAUGUGCAUACUUGAUCAAAGAAAGAAGAAAGCCACAGCAGCACAUCAAAGAGAGGUAUUUCCGGCAACAUGGAGGUCUGCUGCUUUUCGAGGAGAUUAAAUCACAGCAAGGGGUAGCAUUUAAAAUAUUUUCAGAAGAAGAAUUGCAAGAAGCCACUGGAAAGUUCAACAAAAAACGAGUAGUGGGUCAUGGAGGACAUGGAAAUGUGUACAAGGGACUUCUCGAAGGCAACGUCGAAGUAGCUAUCAAAAGAUGCAAGGUAGUUGAUGAGCACCACAAGAAAGAAUUCGGCAAGGAAAUGCUAAUCCUUUCUCAGAUCAACCACAAGAACAUCGUCAAGUUACUUGGCUGCUGCCUCGAAGUGGAGGUCCCCAUGCUGGUAUACGAGUUCGUCCCGAACGGCACAUUGUUCGACCUCAUUCAUGGCAACCAUGGCGGGCAUAUUUCUUUGGCUACUCGCCUGCAGAUUGCCCAUCAGUCCGCUGAGGCGCUUGCAUACCUGCACUCAUGGGCAUCCCCGCCAAUCCUCCAUGGACAUGUCAAAUCCUCAAACAUCCUCAUCGACUGCGACUACACCGUGAAAGUCUCUGACUUCAGCGAUUCCAUCCUAGCACCAACCGAUGAGUCGCAGUUCGCCAAAUUUGUUCUAGGAACCUAUGGGUACCUCGACCCGGAGUACAUAUGUAGAUGCCAAUUGACGGACAAGAGCGAUGUGUACAGCUUCGGGGUUGUUCUCCUGGAGCUGCUCACACGCAAAAAGCCCUUCAACCUUGAAGGGCCUGAAGAUAAGAGGAGCCUAGCAUCGAGGUUUAUUUCUGUGAUGAAGGAAGACAAGCUUGAGGAGAUCUUGGACGAUCAGAUCAAAAACGACGAGAACAUAGAGGUUCUCGAAGAGAUUGCCGAGUUGGCAAAGCAAUGCUUGGAUAUGCGUGGCGCGAAUAGGCCAUCGAUGAAGGAAAUUUCUGAGAGGCUCGAUAUGUUGAGGAAGGUGAUGCAACAUCCAUGGGCACAGCAGGACCCUGAGCAGAUGGAGUCCUUGCUUGGAGAGUCAUCCAUGGCUAUCUCUGAGGUUGUCAACACUGGAAAUCUAAGCAUCGAGAAGGAAGCUACCGACAGCCUAGAAUCGGGACGUUGAUCACCGUCUCGACACCUUAUAGCGUAUGAUAGCUUGAUUAAUAUCCCGCCAAACCCUAUCAUAUCAUGUCCUUAUAAUUGCUCUUGUCGUAGCAAUAAUUUCUCAACUGUGUCAAUGAUUUGUGUAUGACUUACGUGCCGUUAUAGGGUUGUAUCGUGCUAAAGAUGCAGAGU